AUGUCUUCUUUCAAAUUUUUACCCUCGCAGUCCGGGUCGAUGGCAGAGACCCAGCAGGCUUUCUGGGGCCAGCUGAGCUCCACCGCGAGCGCGCAGGCAAGAGAUACAGUCACAGAUGCCGUUUCAAUGCACACCCUCGUGCUUGCACUUGUUGCGCUUGGCACGGCAGUAGCACUCACACAUCUGCUGCUGUUAAGCAAACUCAGCACAUCCCGUCUAGCGCUCGGAGAGAGAGAAGAGGAAAGCGAAGCUAAUCUGUCGCAAGCGCAGCGAGAAUUCCAGGAGCAAGAGGAGUUCAAAAGACUUAAUGGAGAAGCUUUGGACGAAGAGGUCUUCUGGUCUGAAGCGAGGAGGGGCAAGUUGAGCCUCAUCCUGACCUGUUGGAUUGGACUCGUCGUGAACGCUGCGCUUUUGGGCUUCGAGGCGCUUCGUACGAGCCAGAGGAGUAGCGAGGAGGCUGCUUCGGCUCUGGCCGUGGCAUCGAUCACGACUGUCGCUUGGGUGCGGAUUGCACGUGGGUUGCUUCGGCAAAGACGGUGCUUUUGCUGACGUCUUCUUGUCGUGUCUUGGUACAGAUUGAUCUGCUAGUGGUCACGCUACAAGCUCAACGUGCGGAUUCACGUUUCGCUGCAUUGGUCCACAUCUUUUCGCUCUCGGGCUUGUUGGCUGUCGGUGACAUACUGCUACUCACGGAUCCCAGUCGCAACCUGCGACCGAAUGCUGCGGGGCAGCUGGCCCCAGGCAUCUGGACAGUGUAUCUGUUCAGCAGUCUUGUAGUCUCUGCAGUAGCUUUCUUCAUUGCCGGAUCACUUCGGGUCGGCCCAAGUCUCGUGUAUUCUCCAAAACCCGGCACGAUACCCGCCAGGCCUGUGAUAUCGAGCGGGAAUGGAGGAGCAUCGAUCUUCUCUAGACUCUACUUUAAUCACGUCACAAGCAUCUGCCUUCUUGCUUGGAAGAAAGGAUCAAUUGCACCAGAAGACCUGGCGGUCCUUGAUGGGCCUUUCCGCGCUGAAGUGCUUUCGGAAGAGGUACUUCGGCUUUGGAACGAGGAGAAACAGAAGAGAAAGCAAACAAAUGCCCCGGAUGUCCAACACACCAGUACUCUCCACGGAGCUUGGCCUGUGUUCAAAGUGCUUCUGAAGGCCAACAAGAAUCUGAUCAUAGUCAGUUGACAGCGCUUAGAUGACCAGCUGUCCACAAAUGUUGAAGUCUAUAGCCGCCCUUGCGCCCAGCUACAAAUUGUGCUGGCCUUCGUAGCAGGGGGUCUGUUCUACGGGCCAGCGUACCUGACGUCUCGCCUCUUGAAGUAUGUGAGUGCACUGGCUUCACUUUCCCGCAACACGCCUUCUCAGCCUUGCUCAAUGGGACGGCGAUCGUGCGCGCGCUUAGCUGGAAACCUUGGAAGAAAACGAAACGCGCCCAACAUCUGCAGAACGAUUGUCUCAAGGUCUCGUGUAUUGUCUAGGCCUGUUUGCCUCGAUCAUUGUCCUCUCCUGCGUCCUGGCACAGUGCUGGUGCGUCACACAGGGAAGAUUGGUUGGUCGUUUGAGAGUCCAGAUCACCGCACUCCUGUACACUGCAGCGUUGAAGAGGAGGGACGUUAGCGCAGCUUCUACUCCGAGCGCUUCCAAGUCUUCAGAGGCCAAGGAAGCUGACAAAUCGGAAGGAUCUACAGCGAAUGCGGCAGCGAGCCCAUCGACAGGAGCUUUCUCUUCGAAAGGACAAGUGCUCACUUUGGCUACCGUCGACUCGGCCAAAGUGGGACAGAUGCCCUUCAACUUCCUCAUGGUCAUCGUAUCGCCCGCCGAACUUCUGGUGGGAGGCUCAUUCGCGAUUCAGCUUCUAGGCUGGGCUGCAGUCGUCGGCUUUGGGGUUUCGUUGGCUGUGCAACCACUGCUGAUGCUCGUUGGGAAGAUCAUGGUUCGCGCCACUACUGGUCUUCAAGCGGCCAAAGACGAUCGCAACGGGCUGGUUAACGAAGCUAUAAAAGCUAUUCGUAUGCUGAAACUCAAUGCGUGGGAAGGCCUGCUGGCUGAGAGAGUCUUGUCCGUGCGACAGAAGGAGCUGUUGGAGCAGUGAGUUGAGCGUGGAAGGGUACACCGAUCCGUGAAUGCUUCGUCCCGUCGUUCAUUCUAAUUGCGAUUUCUCGUAUUCGGCGCCGCGAAGACGAAAGCUUUUUUUGGCUCAGGUUCUCAACUCUUUCAUCUUCAACCUCAUCCCAACGCUAAUUACGGUCGUGGCCUAUGGCUACUAUACGCUGCUUCAGGGCAACGUUCUCACUCCCUCAGUAGGCUUCACCGCUUCUGCAGUGCUGGCAGAGCUUCGCUGGAGCUUCGUGUAAGUGCCACUCCAUGACUUGUGAUGCACAUUGAUGACUUCUGACUCGUGCUGUGGCCUCAUGACGCAUCAUCAGCAACAUUCCCACCGGGAUCAAUGGCCUGUUCCAGAGUCUCGUGUCGCUCAAGCGGAUCGCGCAGUACCUGCUGAAGGACGAAGACGACUUGGUGCCGCUUCCACCUGGCGAACCAGGUCUCGUAGCUUUCCAGAAUGCUUCGGUAGCUUGGCCUGGCGCGUCCACUUCUUCACCUGACACUGACCCGACCGAACAUCAGGGCGCUGCGAGGGCAGGCUCAAACAUCAGCAAAGCUUUCAAGCUUGAAAACAUUACCGUCGAGUUCCAACGGAACGGCCUCAAUUUGAUAUGUGGAAGAGUAGGCGCAGGUAGGUGCCAGAUGAUCUUUGUAUACUGGCAGCGCUGGCUCUGACCACCUUCUUCAAUCAUGCCGACCACAACCACAGGUAAGACACUAGCGCUACUGAGUUUGCUCGGUGAAUGCGACGUACAGUGUGGAAGAGUCAUUUGUCCUUCUACCAAGAGCGAUGCCAUUCCUAUCGACCACAGUAGCGGAUCACCAAUCGCCAGCAAAGAGUGGCUGUCGCAAGAACAAGCGGCUGUGAGUGCCUGAAGAGGCGUCGCCCUGGUGUGUCCUUUUUGUUAAAGACAGCAUAAACUGAAUCAACGGCUGCGGGCUUGCCAUCCAGUACGUCCCUCAAUCAAGCUUCCUGAUCAACGCGACAAUCAAAGACAACAUUCUGUUCGGCUUACGGUACGUUGAACAGCGCUACGAGGAUACUAUUCGAGCUUGUGGUCUUCUCCCGGAUCUUAAGGUGCUCCAGGAUGGCGACCUGACCGAAGUCGGCGAGGAGGGAGUAGGGCUGUCGGGAGGCCAAAAGGUGUGUCCGCGCUGUGAUGAUGCCUCCUACACUUUGCAGCUGACUUGGAAUCCCGGCUUGGUAGGCUCGAGUUUCUCUCGCUAGAGCAGUGUACUCGAGAGCCCAAGUCCUCUUGCUUGAUGACUGCCUAAGCGCCGUGGAUGCCGAGACUGCCGCGCACGUCUCUCGGGAACUCUUCCUCGCGCGAGGACAAGCAUCCCAAUUGGCCGACGCGCCUCUGCAUCUGAUGGCUGAUCGCACCAUAAUAUUGGUGUCGCACCAGGUCCGGCUUGUUGCUCCGAUGGCGGAUCAGGUUAUGGUCCUCGAGCACGGUCGUAUGAAGUUCGAAGGCUCUUCGGAGAAAUUCCUGAGAUCCGACUUGUAUCACGGACUCAUCGAGGAGUCCGAAGCUCAUGAAGAGCGCAAAGAACACGCGCCAGAGGAUGUGGCAGAUGCAUCAUUGCCUUCAGGCAGUGCAGCUCCUUCUGAGGUCCCCACCCCUGCGCAGCAGUCUCCUGUUCUCAAGGGCGCGGACUUUGAUGCCAAGAAGUCAAAAGAACCAGAGCAAGGGGAUGCUCCGGUAACGAGCCCAGCCGCUGAUGAAUUGCGACGUGCACAACCUGCCAAGUCUGCCGGGAUCAAAGAAGAAGCUAGAGCGGUCGGCGCUGUCAGGUGGUCCAUCUAUCGGCGAUACCUGGACGCUGCAGGUGGCAAUACCGUGGCCCUUGGCAUUUUGGCCGUGUAUGUUGUCGCGGGCUUCUACACAAUCAUCGUUGGAGUGAGUGGCCGGGCUGCGCUCGAGAAAGAGUUGAGGCUGACCUCGUGUCCACGAAUGAUGGCGACUAGAAAUGGCUGCAAUUUUGGACGCAAGACUCCAUCCAGCCUAUCCGUGCACACAGCGACCGCUGGUGGCUCUGGACCUGGACCGUCCUGUAUGGAGUUCAAAUGUUCUUGUGGACUCUGCGCGGAGUCCUGUAUCUUGCGUCGCUGCGCGCUUCGAAGGUGCUAUUCAAAGCUUUGUUGACGGCUGUUCUUGGUGCGCCUUUGAGGUUCCAUGAGGUGAGUUGAGGCAAGUGCUGCCUCUUGAGUGCGCUGCGAACACGACUGCUGAGGCAUCCGCGCUUCUGCGAAUCUAGUCCACCCCUAAGGGCAGGAUCUUGAAUAGAUUCGGAGAAGAUGUCGCUACGAUGGACAAUGACCUUUCCAUGGUCGUGACGCAGUCACUGGAGGCAGGUUUGGCCGUCGUCAUAGCCUUCAUCGGCUCUAUCAUCGGCGGCGGCGCUGCGCCCCUUCUCGUGCUGACUCUUGUUCUGUCACCGUGAGAGCGUUUCGAGAAGUGUUGCUGGGCCUGCAUCCAUCGCUGACCUGAUUUCUCUCCAUUUAAAGGCUGUUUGUGCUCACCGGAGUCGCCUACUCUACCGCGGCUCGCGACGUACGUCGACUUGCAUCGACCUCUACUUCACCUCUAGUCACGACUUUUGCAGAUCUCAUCUCGGGAGCUGCAGUCAUUCGCUCAUUUGGCGCUUGCGCAAGCGGCUACGCUACGAUGCUCAUGCGCGCAGAGGAGCUGGUGCGCUUCAAUGUGUGGGCGCCAGACCUCCAAAGAUGGGUCGGACAGGUCUUCUCCAUCCUGAGUGCCACGCUACUUCUUAUUGGAGCGCUAGCCACCUUGAUCAAUCCUCGAGUCUCAGCAGCCCAAGCAGGGUUCGCGUUUUCUUUCCUCAUCAACGUUCCGGAACGCCUGAUUCAUGUCGUCUUCCUCUACGCGACCCUCGAGCAGCGGUUGGUAGCUGUUGAGCGCGUCGUCGAGUGGGCCGAUCUGCCGAAAGAAGCCCCUGCCGUCAUCAACGACUUUCGGCCACCUUCAGACUGGCCCGCUCACGGUCAAGUGAGCGUGAGGAACCUCGGAGCACGGUACGCAUUGGAUCUCCCAUUCGUGUUGAAAGGCCUGAGCUUCGACAUUCCUGCAGGCACUAAGCUCGGGGUCGUUGGCAGCACUGGCUCCGGCAAAUCCACUUUGGCAUCAUGCUUCUUCAGACUCAUCGAGGCGUCCGAGGGAUCGAUUCUGAUCGACGGUCUUGAGAUCGGUCGGAUGGGCCUUAAAGACCUGCGCAGUAAAUUGAAUAUCGUUCCUCAAGAUCCAGACAUCUUGUCGGGGCCUCUUCGCAAUACCAUUGACCCCAAUGGACAGUACGACGAUGAAGCUUUGCUCGCCGCACUGCGCACUGUCCGCCUCGUUGGAGUUCCUCAAAGGCGCACCAGGAGCGCAAGUGUGGCCGGUGACAGCUCCGCGUUCGCGCUGGGCGAUCAGAUCGGCCACGACUUCAGUAAUCUGGAUAGCCCAAUCAGCGAGAACGGUUCGAACUUGUCGUCAGGCCAGAGACAGCUGCUUUGCCUGGCUCGUGCAGUGCUGUGGAGAUCAAAAUUGAUACUGUUUGAUGAAGCUACAUCAUCGAUAGAUGAGGAGACCGACACUGCCCUGCAAGAUAGCAUCCGGACUGCCUUCAAGGACUCCACCACUAUCACUAUUGCGCAUCGUCUGCGCACCGUGAUCCGCCAAGAUCUCUUGCUCGUACUGGACAAAGGCAAAGUCGACGAGCUCGACACACCUCAUGCUUUGCUCCAGAAUCGCGACAGCCGCUUUUACCGGUGAGUCUUCGCACAGCGAUCCAGUAGCUCGAUAUAGCAGGGCUGAGUUUCACUUUCCUCUUUCCCUCCUCGCCCAGCCUUUGUCGUGCCGCGGGCCGCGCGGAGUUCAAUUUGCUUCAACAAAUGGCCGAGGAGGCGCAUCUGGCACGAGAGAAGAACGCGGCAACGUGA